CGUCCAAUCAAAACGCACACUGGACUAUGCUGCAAAUAUUUGGAAAAGGUUCCAUGAUCAAAUCAAGAUGAGUGUCAGUCUAUCAGAAGUGAAUGAGUGUAUAAAGAUGGGGCGUGAGAACGCCCUGCUGGGGAACUACGACACAUCCCUGGUUUACUAUCAAGGCCUCCAGCAACAGAUACAACGACUCAUAUCCUCCAUCAAGGAUCCAACCAGAAAGAGAAAGUGGAUGGAGGCUAGAGACCAGAUAAACCAGGAGUAUGAACAAGUCAAAGAAAUCAAUGAGACCCUGGCCAGUUUCCGGUCUAAUAACCCAAGAGCUGUCAAUGCAAAUGCUGACCAAGAUUAUAGCAGUCCUUUUGGUGACUACUCUCGACACGAAGAACCUACUCGGGACCCAGAUGUAUGGCCCCCACCAACACCUGUAGAACACAGACCUUCCCCAAACAUACGAGGAGGAGUACGGCCCGGCCCAAGGAAAGCAGAACCUGUGAGAAGUCGGAAUCAACCAGCUCCUAGUAAGCCGGGUGCUCCAGGUGGAGACAGAAGGAGAGCUACACCAGGAUAUGGCAAUGUGGAUAGGGGCAGAGAAAAACCAGGAGAAAAGGGAAGAGAAAAGAAGAAGCCCGAAGAUGGAGAGAAGAAGUUUGAUGGGCAGGGGUAUGAUAAAGACUUGGUUGAGGGACUGGAGCGAGACAUUGUACAGAAGAACCCAAACAUACGAUGGGACCAGGUUGCAGAUUUGGUGGAAGCCAAGAAACUUUUACAGGAGGCUGUGGUGCUACCUCUCAUCAUUCCAGACUUCUUCAAGGGCAUUCGUCGGCCGUGGAAGGGCGUGUUAAUGGUUGGUCCCCCGGGCACGGGCAAGACCAUGCUGGCCAAGGCUGUUGCGACAGAGUGUGGCACAACCUUCUUUAAUGUGUCAUCUGCCACCCUUACCUCAAAAUACAGGGGCGAGUCGGAGAAGUUAGUCAAGCUUCUCUUCGAGAUGGCUCGAUUUUAUGCACCAAGCACAAUAUUUAUAGAUGAAAUAGAUUCCAUAUGCUCCAAGCGUGGAUCUGACUCAGAACAUGAAGCUAGUCGGCGAGUGAAGGCAGAACUACUAGUCCAGAUGGAUGUUAACCUUGACUUGAUAGCUGAAGGUCGUGAGGAGCUGUUGAAGAUCAAUUUGCGAGAAGUAAAACUGGCCGACGAUGUGAAUCUGACUGCUAUUGCGCAAGAGUUGACGGGAUACUCUGGUGCUGAUAUCACCAACGUCUGCAGAGAUGCAGCUAUGAUGUCAUUCCGGCGUAGAAUCACAGGCCUGACCCCUGAGCAGGUGCGUCAAAUUCCGAAAGAGGAGCUACAGUUGCCACCAACAAUGGAGGAUUUCAAAGAAGCAAUAAAGAAAGUCAACAAGAGUGUUUCUCAAGCUGAUCUUGAGAAAUAUGAAAAUUGGAUGAAUGAGUUUGGCUCAGUCUAAGCAAUAUCAAUCAGGAGUUCUUCUGCACAAAAAAAAAAUUCAUUCUGAGCUUUGAAAACUAUUUGCGAUAAAAGGGCGUUUAGGGCUUUUCAGUUAAUGGAAAAUAUUAUGGAAAAGUUGUAUCUGAGGAAAGUUGACAAAAGAGUUGAUGGACAGACCUGGAAAUACUGAAGUUGAAUGAAGAAUCCACCGUAAUCUGAACCAAACUGUUCCCGUCUUUUUGUGUUUGUAAGUUUUGAUUCUGAACUUGAAGAUGAUGUAUAUUUGAUAAGAGUGGAGGGCUUAUCAACUACAAAGAAUAACAGAAGUACAGUGUAUUUAUUAACAAUGUUUGAUAUAAAACUCUGUGAUACCUAUCAACUGUGGACAGCUAAGAAUAUAAUUGUGUAGGAAGAUUUAUGCAUCAAGAAAAAUAUAAAUCGUAAUUCCUUUUUGAGAUUGUUGAAAGUGCUGUCUGUGAUUGCAUGGUCUUUGCCUUACUAUUUAGUUAUGUCCAAAUCUCAUGAUGAAUUUUCCAAAUUUGGAUCCAAUGUAAACAAAUCGCUUGGGUAUCGAAUUUAAUAGUGUACAUACAUGAAGUAAAGAGGUACGGACAUUGAUGAAAACAAAAGAACGGAUGUGUAACACAUCUGCAUAGGAAUAUUUAUGUUGACAGUUCACAAAUUUUACUUUGCAUGCAACAGAUGAUUGUUCGUCAUUUAAUACUUGCACUUGGAAUGGUUUCGUUGAUAUAGUUCAAUCAUCCAUUAUAUAAAUGAAGCUAACUUCUUUCAGAGUACAGUAGAAUCUCUGGAUGGUGGCCGUCCAAAUAAUGCAGAUGUUUCAAGGACUGCCUGAUCUUUGUUUCAAAAGUUCCUAUUAUAAAUAGGUAUUCUUUUGUCUUUCCGUUAAUAUUUACAUACCCAUCACCAUAGGUCUGAGAUUGUUUGAUUGUCUAUUUCAACAUGUUUCUUCAUGCAUACACUAUUUAUAUGUAAAUUCUUACCAUUUCCAUUUAUAUAAUGUACAUAAUCAAUUUUCAUAUAUAAAAUGGUGAUAUUGUCUUUUGUAUGUAUUGUUGUGUUUUACAUGUUUGUUGUUGAGAAGUCAGCGAAGAAAGUCUUCCGAGUCUGACUUAUAACCGUUAUCCCUGUUAAAUUGAAGAGGCCAACAGUAGAAUUAAGAUCACUUAAAGUUUGUAGAUGUUAACCCUUUCACCCCUAUGUAACUUGAGUGAACUCUUAACAUGCAUUAAUUCGGAAGAGUCCAUUAUGGUCUACAGUGGUGAAAGGGUUAAUUACAGAUGUAUAUUGAUAGUUCCUCACCUUAGCAAGCUACAGGCUGCAUAUAAAAUACUCCAUACUGAACUUGAA